AUGUCCGACGAAAAGACAAAGUUGGCUGAGGCCGAGGGUCUCAAACGCCUUGCCUUCUUCGGCAUUGCCAUCUCCACUGUCGCCACUUUAACCGCUAUUGUGGCCGUGCCUAUGCUGUACAACUACAUGCAGCACGUCCAGUCCUCUCUUCAAAACGAGGUUGAAUUCUGCCGUCAUCGUACUGAUGGACUUUGGGACGAAUUCCGUCGGUUCGAGUCAACAAAGGGAGUUGAGAGCCGUAUCAAGAGGCACACCUGGCAGCAGCACUUCCGUGUACCCGCUAGAGCCCGUGGUGCCGGCACGUACUCUGAAGGCCCAUCAGUCGGAGGUGGUGGCGGAAGCGGUGGCGGAUGCUGCUCUUGCGGAAUUGGAGCUGCUGGUCCUCCUGGACCACCUGGAGCCGACGGUCAUCCAGGAAGAGACGGAGCACCUGGAAACCCAGGUUCUGCCGGAGCUGAUGCUAGCGCAAGCGCCGCACCCACAGCCGCCGAUUUCUGCUUUGACUGCCCACCUGGACCAGCUGGACCUGCUGGAAACCCUGGACCUCCCGGACCUUCUGGUGCACCAGGAGCUCCUGGACACAGCCCUCAAUCUGGAGGAUCUGGCCCACCUGGACCACCUGGACCAGCUGGAGCGCCUGGAAACGACGGAGCUCCUGGAGCCCCUGGAAACCCUGGAAGACCUGGACAAACCAUCGAGGUUCCCGGCUCACCCGGACCAGCUGGACCUCCUGGACCUCAAGGACCACCUGGACCAGCAGGAAAUCCUGGAGCACCUGGAAGCUCGCAACCCGGCCCUCCUGGACCAGCAGGAGAUCCUGGACCAGAUGGAGCCCCCGGAAACCCCGGAGCACCUGGAGCUCCUGGAGACGCUGGCGCCGCCGGCAGCGGUGGUGGUUGCGACCACUGCCCACCUCCACGAACGGCACCAGGUUAUUAA